UGACCGGUUUUGAUUUUUAUUUUGAUCUAUUUUGAAUUGCGUGACACUGAAAACCAGCGACAUCAAACAUUUCUACACACGUGGAUUGGUAAAUUAUUCUAACAAGCACUUCGAUUCCAGCACUAGUUGUGUGUGUCUUCAAGUGCUACGCGCUUGGCUAACCGACAAUACCCUUGCGUGCGUAAUUUUCGAUAUCUGAGUAAAGAAGAUGAAUGGGUUGUUAGAAAAUCUACCACUAUCUAAUGAAAGUGAAACCGAAUGUAAUCCUUUCACCACGAAAGAUCCCAUCUCUACAAAGGCUAUCAAGGCAGCAUGUUAUACUGUGAUCAUGUUGCUUUCACUUAUUGGAAACGCAGCGGUUAUCGCCGUUGUUGCGAAAAACAGGCAUAUGCGAACCACAACAAACUACUUAAUCGCAAACAUGGCCGUGUCAGAUCUACUGCUUUCUACAUUUGCAGUACCGCGAGAAAUGACGGAAAUCUUUAUCGGUCACCGCAGAUGGUUGAUCGAUGGUCUGGCUGGUGCAGUCCUUUGCAAAGCUGUUUACUUCUUCCAAGACAUCUCUACUGCCGUCUCGAUACAAAGUAUCGUUGUUAUCACAUUGGAUAGGUACACUGGAGUUGUCUCGCCCUUUCGUCGUCCUAUCAUAACUCCGAAACGACGCAAAGUUGUUAUUGCACUGAUAUGGUUGAUAUCCAUGGCUCUACACGGUAUUUAUUUUUACACGGUACGCCAUGAACAAGUAAAAGGAAUCAGUUUUUGCUUCUUCGACAAUCCACGAGCAGUGAAGAUCAACUUUAUUAUGAUAUCAGUUGUUUUGAUCGCCAUCCCUUUGAUAAUAAUAACCGUUUUGUACUCACUCAUAUUCAGGGCUCUGAAAAAACAGAAACCCUUUGGGAAAGGAUGUUCAUCUUCACUCGUGAAAAGCCGGCAGAAAGAGAACGCUAAAAUCACGUGGAAAAUUCUAGCAAUUAUACUUUUAUUCGUUAUUUGCAUAUUACCAUUAGAUAUCAUAGGUUUUCUAUUUUUCUUCGCGUGGUACAAGGGAAUUCCUUGUGGUAUGGACCAUUUGAGCUUCGCAGCUAAGUUCAUAUUUUACUCGAACGCAUCACUGAACCCGUGCAUUUAUUUCCUUCUAAAUGAGAGAUAUCGCCAGGGUCUGCGAAAUAUUCUCAAAGGCAAAGUAUAUUUUCCUCGCGCGGAGGCGAUAAAAGACAUCGAAAUGAAUACAUUAAAACAUAUGUAGUUUUCGUAGUAUAGCUAGUACUAACUAGGGUUUUGACUGUUUUUAGUAGGUUCUAUCGCUCGGUUUUGACAAAUUUAUCUUUUAUUUUUCUUUGGAAUAAUUUUUUAAUAAUUUUUUUUUGCCCAUAAGUUUCGGAUAAAAAAUGUUGCAAG